AUGUCGGACACAUCGUUUAAUAGCUCAAACUUCGCAUACGAAGAAGGAAACUUUACUUCAGGAGAAGGAAACUUCACAAACAGCACAACAAACGGCACAAGCACAGAGAAUAUUCAAUCAAAUGUGUCGAUAUACACACCUGUCACAUACAUAAUAACGUUGCUAGUUUUAUUGGCAACUUUCUCGAGCUUUUACAGAAAGAGGAAGGUGAACAAGUUGAGAUCGAUGAGUUCCUUAUUUGGAGAAAAUAGACCAAAGGAAAUGUAUCUCCAACUCAAAGCACAAGAGGAACCAAAGGUGAAUGAGAAGCUACUAAAGACAGCAUUGAUUCGCAGGGGUGCAGAGGCUGUUAGAAGACUGUUUAAGUUGAAGGAAUGUGAACCAUACAUGAAUAUACUUUAUCUGAAAGGCUAUAUUGGGGACGAAGAUCACGAAAGGAUGAAAAUACAGAAGAAGCUGAUUGAAGUUGAGUUGAGCGAGGUUGCAAUGGAGGCAGAAUCGUACAAGAAGGGUUGGUCCCAACAACUUUUCCCUGUCUGCCAAGAAACAACGAUGAAUGAAGCAUUGAGGAGAAGAUUGAAUGCAAUUAAGUCAAGAGAGGAGAAAUUGGGUAAGGAAUGGACAGUGGAAGAGAUUAAUAUUGGAAUAAAUAAAUGA